AUGGCGGAGCGUCGUAUCCGCGUCGUCGAUUCGGACAAAGUCUGGACCACACUCAUCACCAACCUCGACUAUCUUCCCGGUCUUCUCACUCUCGAAUACUCUCUCCGGCGCGUGCAAUCUGCAUUUCCCCUCGUCGCCCUAUACACAGACUCCUUCCCUGCCGCAGGCCUUGCCGCCCUCGCCGCCCGUGGCAUCCCCGCACAGCAUGUCCCCUACCUCCUGCCCGCCGCAGGCAAGGACUACUCCAAUGACCCUCGAUUCUACGACUGCUGGACCAAGCUCACGCCAUUCUCGCUGACGGAAUAUCGUCGUGUCGUCCAGCUCGACUCCGACAUGCUUGUCCUGCGCAACAUGGAUGAGCUCAUGGACCUUGAGCUCGACGACCCGCAUCUGAGCGAGACUGGCGACAUGACGACGAGCACCCGCGUCUUUGCCGCCGGCCAUGCCUGCGUCUGCAACCCCCUCCGUAAGAAGCACUACCCAAGCAACUGGGUCCCCCAAAACUGCGCUUUCACCUCGCAGCACGCCGACCCCGACGCCGCUCAGACCGUCGGUGCCGACCCUGAUGCCGGCCCGCUGGGCUUCAUGAACGGCGGCCUGCAAGUGGUGAACCCGUCGGCUGUGCUGUACAAGCAAAUACUUGAUCACAUGGAAGCCGACGCCAUCAACAUGGACUUUGCCGACCAGUCGCUGCUCUCGGACCUAUAUCGGGGUCGCUGGGUCGCCCUACCGUACAUAUACAAUGCCCUCAAAACACUGCGCUGGCCGGGUGUGCAUGAUGCCAUCUGGCGCGAUGAUCAAGUGAAAAACCUGCACUUCAUCCUGAGCCCCAAGCCGUGGAACGAGAUCGACGACAAUGGGGAGUGGACGGGUACCGAGGAGACGCACAAGUGGUGGGUGGACCUGAACAGCAGUCGAAAGGCGGAUGAGAGUAAAAGGAACAUUUCCGAUGACGGGUUCUAA